UGGCGGAACAAACUAGCCUGGCGAAGGCGGCGUGAGACAACUGGGGCGACCGCCCACCUGUGGCCCCGGUGAUCAUGGCAGUGUUCCAUGACGAGGUGGAGAUCGAGGACUUCCAAUACGACGAAGAUUCGGAAUCAUAUUUCUACCCCUGCCCGUGUGGGGAUAACUUCUGUAUCACCAAGGAGGAUUUGGAGAAUGGGGAAGACGUGGCAACGUGUCCUAGCUGUUCUCUCAUUAUAAAAGUGAUUUAUGACAAAGAUCAGUUUAUGUGUGGGGAGACCGUCCCGGCCCCUUCCACCAACAAAGAAUUGGUUAAAUGCUGAUGCAGGACUUGGGGAAUGAACCAAGAUGGAAAAACCAAAUGCCAGUUGCAGUUACCAGCCUCUUCUGCGAACGGUGUUGUUGUGGCUUGCUCGACUUAUCGACUGUGGGUUCUUUCCCUCAAGGGCUGUGUUCAUCGCCAAUUGAAGAAGCCAGCCAUGGCAUGAUGGGUUUCGUUUUCUCGCUCGUAGCUGAAUUGCAAAUGUUCUCAAUAGCAUCUACCUCAAAGUCAUCCGUGGUCUUUAACUAAAAAGGGAUUGUCCUUUUGGCUUAGUAAUUAAGACUAUUAAAAUUAGCCUUUCCUUUGAAAUUUGACAUCACCUUUCCUGUUCUAAAUUUAAAGAAUAUUUGUUUCCUCAGCAGGACUGCACUUUUCUGUUGCUGCACCAAGCUAGCCUCCUUAGUUCCAUCCUCCUUACAAUAGUCACUGUCUGCAGAGUGCCUUGGCUUUUGUACUUCCUGUGUGGAGGGCUGGGCAUGAUAUUCCCCACGCCCACUACUGUCAGGUUGAUGCGAGGACAGAGUAGGACUGCCCAAUAGGGCUUCUAAGGCUGUAAUCUUUACAUAAGCAGACGGCUGCCUCUUUCGCCCACGCUGUAGCUUGUGGAUUUGAACCCCUGACCUUUCUGUUAGCCGUUAACUAUGCACCACCAAGGAUCCUAUUAAAAGAAAAUACAGUGAGCUCAUGAUUUCUCCAGAACUAAAACUUAGUUGAAUAAGAAAGAAAAGUCCAAAGUGAAAUGAUGAAAGACCAUGGAGUGUUCUUGUCAAUGGUCCGUAAGUUUUUAAAAAUCAAGACAAGAUAAAAAGACAAGCAGCCAAGGGGAGAAAGAGGAAGGUGCCCAUGGAGUGAGUGAACUGCUGAGUAGUCCUGACAGAUCAGGGCAAGUGAUAUUUCUGUGUCUGGACUUUUUUCCUUGCUUUUUUUUUUUCCCCAAGAAAGCUAAUGAAGCGGUACUGCAGCUGGAGGUUAAUGUAUUUAUAGCUGGUGGGAGUGCGUUCAGAAAUGUUAGGUUAUUCCUCAUAAAAGGUGGAGCACCUAUAAUGACUUAAUGUUAAGAUGAGCUUGAAAAACAGGAGGCCUUUUCUGAAUAAAUAGAUCAUGGAGGGCACAGUUAAUGGACCACAAUUACAAUUCACAGCCAAACCAGACAUAAACUCAGAUAAAUAGAAAUUCAAAGAGGCCACCAGCCUGCCUUCCCCACAGUGAUGAGAGAGUAGUAAAAAAUAAAUUGUAUCUGGAAAUCUGAAAAUUACCUUUAUGCUAUGUAUACAUUUGUGUGGUUUUUUUUAAAAGUUUGUUUCUGCGUUAUCGUCUAGCACGCUGUUAGGGAAAGACUCCUGCAACCAGAGAGGAAAAUGGCUUUUGCCAGAAUGUGAACAUUCUGUAAUGGAUGGAUAAAUGCGGUGCCCACACUCUGUGGGGGAGGGCUAAAUUAAAGCAAGUGUUGACCUUUUUUUGCCUUGCCAGCAGCAUGGCUGCAUUUAGCCGUUAGGCUGAGACAAUAGAUCAUUGGAAGUGGUAUGCUGGAAUGCUUGGGACAUUACAAGAAGCAUCUUCUGACAUAUUGAUGGGAUGAGAAAUCGCAUUGCUACGUGGGACACUGACGCGCAGAAGGAGUCUACAGCUGCUCUGCUGAAGCUGUUGGGACCGGUGACUGUUCAAAUGGACCAGCAGCAUGAAUGAUGACGAACUGGAAUGAGCCGUAAAGAGAAAUGAGCUCAAAUGCUAAUGGUUUUGUGGUGUGAUAACGUGUUUUUUCCGCGGAUGUGAAUUCCACACAAGAAGAAGCACCCUCAGUGUUCAUCUAUUCUGAGCUUCAAAUGGGAAGAAAAGUUGCCCCCGACUCAGCGUGCCCGGAGAGAAGCAUAAACGAUGGGAAUGGUGUGGGUCUCCACAGCAUCCACGUCACCAAGUCUGUGGAUCACGAACAAGACCCUGCCAAGCUUCACUCAGUCCCUUGUUAAGCAGAAAGUGAAACCAGGGUCUCGAGAUGGGAACUGCAGGGGCUUCGUUAACUGUUUUUGGUGCACCUCCCUCUGAUUUAUAAUCCAAGCUCUGUCUCCUGCUGGUGUUUGUGAGCCUUGGCAAGGCUGGUGGACCCGUCAUCUGUCCCAUUAGUGGCCUGGAUCAGGUGGUUUCCAAGCUGUGAGUUCUGUCUUGUUGCCAGCUUGCAGAAACUGAAAUGGCAAUUAAAACAAGUGAUCUUAAUUCAUGGUUCACCGUGAACGACACUAUGCUUCCAUAUUUAGAGCUUGAACAUUAGAAUGUCAGCUGGUUCUACACACCCACCAGCAUUCUUCUUGGGACGUGCCCAACAUCGUUUUUCGGACUAGAAAUAUUAAUUUAUUACUGGGAUAAAGUCUAUAGGCAUGCUAAAUAAAGAUGACGUAAACCCA